AUGAGGUUUCCACUCUUAUUUUACAAGAACGCUAAAGUCUAUCUUCCUGUCCAUUUGUUGCCGUUCUUGAUAUAUAAGCGAAAAGCCUUUAUAAAAAAUCCAAUAAGUACAACAGCAAGAUCAUUACUAUCUUACAUUAAGAGUGUGUUGUUUUUAACUUUAAUGGUUUAAUCGUUGAGAUACAAUUGGUGCAAGCAGGUAAGAUUUCGAAAAGUCGUUGACCCAUUGAUUCCUAUGACAGGAGGUUUUUUAGGAGCUUUUUCCUUACUUUUAGAAUCGAAAACUAGAGUUUAGGAGAUCAUGUUGAGUAUUGUGCCUCGUUUUUUUGAAACACUCCUGAACCUUAUGAAGAGGAAGGGGUAUAUGAUAGAUAUUCCAAAGGGAGAUGUUCUGGUUUUUGCAGUGAUAUUGGCAAUAAUUCAUUACUAUUAUUAACACGAUCAUAAAGCUUUGAAGGCAACAUACAGAGGAGUGUUUGCUAAAUUUUGGGGGAAGAAUUGA